GGACUGCUUUAGAGAGUUAGAGCAAACGUGCGUGCUGAUAUACCCCGCAUCCACCAAAUCCCAUCUUCUUGUUGGCACUUGUUGUCUGCUACCCACCCACCAUUCCACCCAUUGCCAGUCUGCUCAUCACCCUCUCUUCCAAUCCUUGGCUGCUUUUAAUCAAGAACAUCUAGCUCCUUUCAUUUUUACUUUCAAUUUGCUGCUAACGAGCUAGUCUUGUCUAGUUAUCAAUAAUUAAUCAUGCCGAACCAACGGUUCCCCAAGAUCAAGAUCCUGCAUGUUUCGCCGCACGAGAUCAAGUUUAUCCUGAGCGAGACAGAUGUCAGCAUGGCCAAUACCGUGCGACGCAUCAUGAUUGCGGAAGUUCCGACUUUGGCCAUUGAUUUGGUCGAGUUUCACGACAAUUCGACCGUAUUGAAUGACGAGUACAUUGCGCAUCGGUUGGGGUUGAUACCCAUUCGGUAUCAACCUCCUGAUUCCAUCAAAGGAGGCGACUGCCACGGAGCCUUUCUACCACACCGCGAAUGCGUUUGCUACGAACGAUGUCCCCGUUGUUCAGUAGAAUUUGAACUGGACGUCGAAUUCGAUGCCGCCAUGAGACAUUCCAUGGCACUCAACGAAGAAACCGACGUUUUGGCACCCCUUACCGUCACCAGUCGCGAUUUACGAAGCAACAAUGAAUCCGUACAUCCCGCUCAUUUCCUACACAACGAACAAGACGAAUCACAAGACGAUGGAAUUGCCAUUGUCAAAAUGGGAGGUGGACAAAAACUCAAACUAAAAGCCAUUGCCCGCAUGGGAAUUUCCAAGGAACAUGCCAAAUGGUGUCCCGUCGCCGUGGCAACCUACCGAUUCUGGCCCGAUAUCAUUAUCAACGAGGAACAGGUCGCGACAUUGACCAUGGAACAAAAACAGGAAUUGGUGGAUAUCUGUCCCGAUCGUAUUCUCGAAAUUGAUCCCGUCACGGGAAUGUUGCAGGCGGUUGAGGGGGCGUGGGAUAUGGCCACCUACACGGAAGACCUCAAGUUUUGUCAAGACGCAUUGAAGAAACGACCCGAAGACGAUGACUUUGUACGAGUGGAACCCUCCAAAGACAAAUUCAUAUUUUCGGUAGAAACCACGGGAUGCAUGGAUGCUGAUGAAGUUUUACUGUCGGCGUUGCGAGUGCUCAAGAAUCGAUUGAAUUAUCUAGCACAAGAAGUGGAGAAUCUCAAGGAAACACAGUAAUAUAACAAUUCACAUGCAAAAAACGACAACAACAGCUAGCUAGAAAAGUCAGAAAAGAGUGCAACGGUAGUGAGACACUGAAAGUUUCUUGGGAUGAUGAUUUGCAUGCAUUGGUCAUUAUGGAUGAAAUUGACAACGCAACAAGCAAUACCUAGCUUUUAGGGCAAGAGAUGAUGCCAAAAUUUGGAACUGGACAUCUUCGUGGGAAGGUCAUUGAAUUCAAUCUUUGAGAAUUAAAACUGUAUAGUGUCUUUUAGCAACAUUAGCGUGCGGUGCUUGUAUGGUAG